AUGGCCAACGAGAUACUCCACGACUUCUUCCCUUUGCUUAGAGUCUACAAAAAUGGCCGAAUCGAGAGGCUAAUGGGCCAAGAAACCGUUCCCCCAUCUCUCGAUCCAGCCACGGGGGUUCAAUCCAAAGACAUCGACAUCGCGCCGGAGAUCAACCUCUCCGCCCGCAUUUACCUGCCGCCCAACGCCGACCGGAGCAAAAAGCUCCCCCUUCUCGUCUACUACCACGACGGCGCCUUCAUCAUCGAAUCCGCUUUCUCUUCUCAGUAUCAAAAGCACCUCAACCACUUAGUCGCACAAGCCAACGACGCGGCGGGAGCCUUCGGCGAGUCUGGUCGAGAAAGAGGAGUCGGGGGGAGAGGGAUGGGCCAGAGAGAGAGAGAGGUCAACGACGCCGUUUUGCAGAUUUCAUGCAGCGACGAAGCCAACAUUUUCAUUUGA